UGCCUUUUAGUUUCUCCCCUUCAAAACCAUUUUUCCAUGGCGGAGAAGAAGAAGAACAACAUCUGCAAACCGAAACCCUAAAAAAGAAAAAUUCGAAAAUGGAGGAAUCGAAUCAACAACACCAGCUCUUCCUCCAAAUGCAGCAGCAGCAACAAAUGCAGCAGCGUCAGCAACAGCUCUUUCUGAUGCAGCAUCUCCAGAGACAACAACAGCAACAACAACAACAGGCGGCCGCCAUGUCGAGGCUCCCCUCGAAUACUACCAACAACUCUCAUCUUCUCGCUCCUCCCGGUUUAAUCCAGAACCGACCGGUUAACCCGUCUUUUCUAAACCCUAACCAGAGACCGAUGAUGAUGAUGAUGAUGACGCAACCACAGCCACAACAGCAGCAACAAGAGAAGAAGCCGCCGAUGAUGCGUGCGUUGAAUCAAACGGAGUUACAGUUCGCUUACCAAGACGCUUGGCGUGUCUGCCAUCCUGAUUUCAAGCGACCUUUCGCUUCUCUCGAAGACGCUUGCGAAAGGUUGUUACCUUAUCACGUCGUAGCAGACUACGAAGCAGAGGAAGACGAGAUGAUCCUCCAUUCAGACACAACAACACCGACAAGCCAGACGGUGUCUCGGAGUCAGCAAUGGGACGACAACAUUGCAGAGAAAGUGGGCGAGUUCACGGAGACGUUUGAGAAGCAAGUCGAAGCUUUCAACGCAAUAACUCAAAAGAGGAGGGGUGGUGAAUUGAGAACCGAGGAGAGGUUGGUUGUUGAGCAGCUUUUGCUCGUGGAUGAGAGGAAUGCGUGUAUUGAGGUGAAGUCUGAGCUGGAUAGAGAGAUGAAGGCUCAUGAGGCGAGGUUGAGAAUGGCGGCUAUGGCUCAAGCGGGACAAGUGAUGGGUCAUAAUCCGUUGAGAGGUAAUGCGUUUGGGAACUUUGGAGAACAACAACAGCAGCAACAGGGACGGUACAUGAACCCUGAUGAGAUGAUGAUGAGGAUGCGUGGUUUUAUGAAUAGUAAUAAUAGUCAGAGAGAAGAUAAGGAGCCAGUAGAAGACUUCUUGAAUGAUGAAGAAACUGGUCGACAUGGGAACUGGAGAGGGAAUGGUGAAUUUGAUUUGAAUACUCGGUAAAAAAAUGGAACAGAGAGGUUAAACUUUUUUUUCUUUUUGAUGAGUCGGAUACUUUGCAGACUUGUAGUUAAAACUUGAAAGGUAGUGAGUGAGGGAUAAGGUGUGUUUAUUCUUCUUGACUUUGGUUAAUAAAAUUUACAGUAAUAAAAAUGAUGCUGAUGAAA